AACUGCAUCCCCGGUGCAGAGGUCAAACACACCGAGGGAGGGCUGUGUUGUGUUCCGCACGGUUCGUCCUCGUCUUUUCCGCCGUCUGGCUUUGUUGGCACAAUGAUGGGCUCGCUGUCCCAAGGCCUGCGGCGCCUGUCGCUGGCCACAGUUUCCCGCCGCCCCGUCGUCACAAACUUUUCGUUCUCAGCGGCAAUGAGAGGCCAAGCACUGUCAGUGUCCCGACGGCAGAUGGUGGCGACGGUGUCUGCGGUGAACGUCGAAGCCGCUCAGAAUUCCGAGAGGCGGCAGCGGCGGUCGGAGAAGGAGAGGGUCAGGAACAAGGCCAAGAGGUCGGCGGUCGCGACGCGCAUGAAGAAGGUGUUCAAGGCGCUUGAAGCUUUCAGUGACGAUCCCCCAAAGACCGAAGCCGAGCUUGAGCCAGUGGAGACACUGAUCUCUGAGGCCUUCCAGGAAAUCGACAAGGCAUGGAGCAAGGGUGUGCUGCACAAGAACACCGCGGCCCGCCGCAAGUCGCGACUGUCACGGGCUAAGAACAGGGUAUUGGCUGAUGCCGGCCUGCUGGCAAAUGCCAAAUCGGAGGCAGUGGCAGCAUGA